AUGUCGCUUUCACAAUGGAAAUUGGAUUACUCUGUUUCUUCUCGAAACUGCAGAACGUCGGAUAAUGUUUUCAAUCCUCCAGGUUUUCAUACUGGGGUUACUUCAGCUCAGCAUCAUGUAGAUAGUGAUCAGGCUUCUGAACAGCAAGAACACUUGGCGAAAAAACGAGCGUGGGACGUGGCGAUGGCUCCAGCUAAAAGUUUACCUAUGAAUAUGUUUAUGAUGUAUACGGCCGGAAGAAGUGUUUCCAUCUUUCCUAUUAUGAUGGUAGGAAUGAUGUUGUGGCGUCCAGCGAAAGCUCUUUUCUCUGUUAACGCCACUUUCAAGCCUCUUGAGAACACUGGGAAUAUGAUCAUUCAUAAAUUGAUAUUUAUCCUUGGCAAUCUAGGUGCACUUGCUCUUGCUAUAUAUAAGGUUCACACUAUGGGCCUUUUGCCAAAUACGCCAUCGGAUUGGCUUGAGUUUAUUCCUCAAGCACAACGUGUUCAGUAUUCUAUAGUUAGCAGUACUUACGUUUGA